AUGCCCAGUGGCAUAGAUGCGGCGCUGAAAAGUCUGAAGGCAGAUGCCAUGAUGCCAGCGCCCACCAAGGUGAACUACAAUGGCUUUGAACCCGAGAAAAAGAAGAAACCUGAGAUCACUGAGGCAACGAUCGAUCCAAGUGAGAUCGGUCUUGAAAAAUGCCAAAAGAUCGUGAAAGAACAGGAGUUCAAGAUCAGAAAGUUGAAGGAAAAGAUGGCUGGCAUUGCUCCCACCAAGAAAAACAAGGCGGAGAUCGCCGCGGUCAAGGAGCAGGUUGAAGAACUGCAGGCUGACGGCAACUACCGUGCAGCCAUGAACUACGUGCGGAAGGUGGAGGAGGAUGAACGCGACAAGCGACGCGCAGAGCGUGAGAAGGAUGACGAAGAAGCCUUGGUGGGUGGACUUGGCAAGAAGAAGGGCCCCACAGGGCCAAGUGAGCCGGCUCCCAAGAAGCAGGCAGCCUCCAGUGCAGAGGUGCAAGAGGUUGCUGGUGACUUCGAUGCGGAUGCUGAGGUGGCGGCAGUCGUGAAGAGCGCCGUGGAGGGCAGUGAGGAUGCCCUGGCUCAACUGCAAAAGGGUGCGGGUGCUGGAAGCUACAAGAGUGCCAUCAAGGCUGAGGUCGCCAGCAUCGCCUCGGCUGCUGCUGAGCUCAUCAGCGCCAAGAUGAAGCGCGCUGCCACGCGCGACGUGGCUCUGAAGACGCUGCGGGCGCUGAGUUGGAACCCGCCCGCCACGCUGCCGGCGCUGCCCGCGAUGCUGCUUCUACUAGAAGAGACCAAGCUGAAAGGAGAACCUGGAGGCACCGCGGCAGACCUGUGCCGCGUGGUGUGCAGCUGUGGGCCUAAGAAUAGCGCCGUGCCGGAGGCAGUCUUUCCAGUGCUUUUGGCACACUUGGGCGCUGCGGCUGCAGGGAAGUGGAAGGUGAAGGUGGCGGUGCUUCAGCUGCUGAGAGAAUUGCUGCAGAGUUCUCAGGAGCUCUGCCCGAGGCAGACGGGUCUUUGGAUGCCGAAGAUCAUGUCCGCUUUGCGAGAUGCAGUGGGUGACGCACGCAAAGAGGUGAAGAAAGAGGCGGAGUCGUUCUUGCGAAGCAUGGCCAAAGAGCUGGCACAGACUCCGGAGAUUCGCGCGUUGGCGGAUGAUAUCAUCACCAGCAUUUUGGAUAGUGCGAAUAUGGAAAAGGCCACCGAAACUCUGCACAGAAUGGCAAACACCACCUUUCUGAACACCGUUGACUCCUGCGCCUUCGCUCUGCUCUUCCCCACCGUGUCAAGAGCCAUGCGAGAACAAGCUCAUGAUGCAAAGAUGAAGGGCGUACAGAUCGUGGGUGCCUCGGUUCACCUCAUCGCGGAUCCAGUGCUGUUACAGCCGUAUCUGCAAGAGUUGAUGCCGUUGCUGGAGGAAUGCUUGCUGCACCCCACCGUGGGUGUCCAGCACGAAGCGGCCAAGAGCUUUGGAUCUUUGGCCUUUGGACUUCCCGAAAUCUGCGACAAAGACAUGAUGCCCUUCUUGCUGAAGAAGCUGCAAAGUCAGGAGCAGAACGAGGAUGUCUCCGAGGUGGAACGCCGCGGGGCAGCACGGGGCUUGGCAGAGGUGCUGCUGGCGCGCCGCGAUCUGCUGCCAGGCUGUCUGCAUGAUACAAUCUUGCCGCGAAUCCCAUCAGGUGAGACCAUAGAGAGCAAGGCUGGAGGCCUGCAGCUGAUCCAAGCCAUUGCCGGCUUGGGCCCACAGGCUUUCCUUCCCCACCUGAAGCACAGCUUGCCUUUUGCACUGAAUGCUUUGCAGGAAGAGUCGGAAGUCGUGCACAAGCAGGCCGUGGCUGCCGUCAAGACGUUGAUUGACGAGUACGGCGCCACGGCGCCCCAUUUGCUCCUGCCGCGCAUGCAAGAGGCCCUCUUCUUCCAAGAAGAAGAACCGCGUGCUCGUGCCAUGGACCUGUUUUUCUCCUUCUGCGAAAAAAUCAGCGAAGGAAUCAAGUUUGGACAGGACUUCCUUAGCAUGGAUUGUUUAAGCUCCUUUCAUCGGCAUUCCUUGCUGGUCUCCAUCUUCAUUGCGCGGACGGACGACCACCACGACGUGCGGCGUGUGGCCACCUUGCUGUGGAAGGAAAAAUUGCAGAGUGGGCCAAAAGCCAAGGCCGAGAUCCUGCCGCUGCUGCUCAGCGUGCUGAAGGCCCUGCAGAACGGCAGCUGCGAUGCGCGAAGGAAGGCCGCCGAGCGCUGCCUCUCCGAGCUCGAGGCUGGUGACAAAGCGGGCUUCGAGACAGUGGAAGCGCAGCAGGGUGCGGCAGGGGUGCUCUUCGCGCAGGAUGCCAACGACAUAGAGACCUUGGACAGUGAGUGCAAGGCCGCCGACGUGGCGCCGCGGCCCCCCCUGCGGCCUCAGCUGCUGCAACGCCGCGCCCAGACGGAGAUGCCCCGCUUCGCGGAGCCGCUGCGUAAGUACAUCAACUCUGUGGUGGUGUCUUGCUGCAUGGAGUCGCGCACCCGCGAGGGUGCCGAGGCGGCCCUGGAAGAGGAGCUGAAGCCUUUGGUGGACAAACCCUUGCUGGAACGAACAGGCAGCGCCAUUGCAGCUUUUGAGCUGAAACCUUUCCUGGAGAAGGUUUUCGAUGGCGUGGAAGAUGAAGCCUCAGAGGAGGAACGACACAGCAAAAGAUCCAGCGAUUCGCUGAUCUUCUUGGAUGGCCUUCGUAUGAUGUAUGGAGGUGGUCACAUGCUGCUGAAGGAUGCGGUGUUGGACCUGCGAAAAGGCCGCAGAUAUGGCGUGGUGGGCCGCAACGGUGCAGGGAAGACCACCCUGAUGAGCACUAUAGCAGCGGGUGGCGUCUCUGGCAUGACAGCAGACGUGAAGACGCUGCACGUGAAGCCCGAGGUACUUCGGCCUGAACUUGUUCAUCACCCUUGCCUUGGACUUCGGUGGCAACGAUGGUGGGUGGACAAGCAUCAGACGGUGCCAACAACUCUGGAGGAGCCGCAGUACCAGGUGGACCUGCUGGUGCUACGUUUGGCCAAAGCAGCACCAUCUGCUGCUGGACUGACACAGUCCACAUACAGGUCUUUCAGACGGAGACUUGACCUGUUCAGCCGACAAUGUAGAAGACGAGGUCAAGGAGUAGCUCUUGAAGGAGCUUAUCUAGUUCUUUCACAACUACAAGACGUAGCAUGGGAAGCCACAGAGGGAUUGGACUACGAUGACAUGGAGCUGAGUGAUGAUCCCUUCAAACCCUUGCUGGUCGUUUUGGACAAACUUUUUCAACAUGAAGAAGAAGUAGAACUCCCUGAGCGAUGCCAAGAGUUCUUUGAGAAGUUUGCCCGAGAACGAGGUGAAGAACUACAAGCCUACUUGGUGAGGCAUCAGUCGAUGCUUCGAAAGCUGAAAGAGCUCCAGGUGGACAUACCACCCCUUCUUGCUGGUUGGCAUCUGCUGCAAAGGUCUGGAGUGCCGCGGUGGACCCACGUCCAGGUCAAAGCGAUGUGCAACGGAGACAUGUCAGUUGACCGAGUCUCCAAAGCUUUGAUCCGAAUGUUUGGCGGUGACAGCAAGCCGAACGCCAAGGACUCCAUCCUCAAAGGUGAGAUUCACUAUAUGGAUGCCGAGUAUGAUGACCUUGAGGACUAUGGCUUUGACGAUGUCUACUACCAGGAUGAUGACGCCUACACCUAUGGCUAUGACCCUGACUAUGACGACGCCAUUGAUGAGGUGGAAUACACAGGUGAAGCUGACGAGGACAUCCCGCAGGAGCUUGAUGAAGCCUCACUUGCAGUGGAGGAUGCAUUCAUCAACUACUUGGACUCUAGAAAGAAAAUGCGGGAACUCGCUCUCAGCCGAGGUUUUUACCCUGUGGUUGCCAUCGGCAUGGAUGACAAUGGUGGUGCGUUCAAGGGGCGUGGAAAAGCCUCUGGUGGAAAGGGCAAGUCAAAAGGAAAAGGCCGUGGAAAGAGCAGCGGAGGAAAAGGCAAAUCUGCCGGAAAAGGACACCCUUUGCCUGGUGCACGACGAUACGUUUUUGGACGUCGGCGUGCAGGUGAAUCUACAUCGACUGCUUCGACAACGGCAUCUGCAAAGUCCACAACCGGUGGAAGCACGUCUCAGCAUGGCCCAAGAUUCAAGCGCUACAGGCUUCCAGCCAAUGGCAUCAAGGAAGUCCCUGAUGAAGUCACCAUGGUGGAGGACAACUUCGUCAGCGAGGUGAAUCAGAUCCCUGUUGACUACACCACCCAUGAGAGCAUCAACUUUGUCAGCCAAGCUGUUGGUUGGGCUAUCAUGGACAGUGGAGCCACUCGCACAGUUUGUGGUGAGGCCAGCUGGAACAAGAUCUUGGAUUACCUCAGCUUGAGGAACAUGGAGCCUGACAUCGACAAGGAAACAAAGGAUUUCAGGUUUGGAGAUGGUGCCAUGGUGAGGUCGCUUUUCAGAGCGAUGAUCCCUGUCUGCGUUGGCAAGACCUGGCGACAACUCAUUGUGCACGUCCUUCCAGGACACACACCUUUGCUUUUGGCACGACCAGAUCUGGAAUCUUGGCAGACGGUGGUGGACUAUGGAAGAAAAACUGUGAUGAUCGGUGAUGUGCAGGUGAAGCCAGCGUUCACAACCAACGGGCACUACAUGAUCAACAUCUUUGACGACCUUGAGGACGUCUUGAGCUUUGCAGAGCUGGACAACAUCGACGUUUCUGUGGAGACCUUCGUGGAUUCAAUGAUCACCGAUGAGGUCUCUGACUUUGAGGCCGACCUUGACGUUGAGGUGUCAGAAAAAGAAGCGGAGGAGUUUGUCUUCGCUGCAAGCAUGAAAAGCCAACAACACGAGCGCAAGCUCAAGUUUUGGGAAGUCUAUGUGGAUGAAGGGAACCUGAGCAAGUACCUGCAACGAGCAUAUCAUGAUGUGGAGGUCCGGCAGUUUUCUCUGCCAACUUGGAACUUUGAGAUGAAAGAGCAACAAGCCGCUUUUCGACGUCUUGUUGAGCAAGAAGAACCUCAUCACAUCAUGGUGACUCCUGAAUGUCGUCUCUGGUCACCAAUGCAGAAUUUGAACUACAGAACACCAGAGAGACGGGAAUUGCUCAGAGAUCUGAGGGUCUUGGAAGAAGAGACCCACUUGACCUUUUACAAGGACAUCCACAUCGACGGCAAGCGCCUGGUCUAUGACACAACUUUUGAGAACCCUGCAGACGCAGCUUCAUUCGAAACCCCAACUUUGGACUCCAUGAAGGGCUACUUUGAAACAGUCCUGGAUCGCUGCCGCACAAGGCUGAAGGCAAGUCCUGAGGACGAGAUGUAUGUGAGAAAGCCCACAAGGUUUCGAUCAAGCUCAAGAAAGGUCUGCGAGGCUGUGAACUUGCGUUGUGAAUGCCCCCGAGGAGCUCAUGUCCAAAUGAUGGGACGCGGCUCUGUCCUCAAGAAGAUGCAGAACUACGAGCCUGAACUUUGCCAACGUCUUGGCAAUGCCAUUUACUCUGCAAUGGAGAUGGCAUGGAAGAAACGGGGACAAGCUGAAUUGAUGACCAUGGAGGUCGUCGAGAAAUCGACUGAAGAGAUGCAGUACCUUGAGCAGAACAAGGAGCUCAUCAAGAUCGGUGGCCAUGAGAUCCUGAAGUCGGUGGCCAAUCUCCAUCGACAACUUGGACAUCCAAAUGGAGCCAAGCUGGUUCUGGCGGUGAAGGCACGACACCUUCCCAAUGAAUUUGUCCAGGUGGCCCGGAGGUACAAGUGUCCGACCUGUUUGGCCAGGGCACAACCCAAGAAUGUGCGUGUGGCGACUUUGCACAAAUCCCCACACUUCAAUCACUCCGUGGCCAUCGACACCUUCUAUGUGGAAUGGGAUGGCAAACAGCGUGCGGUCUUCACCAUCAUGGAUGAGUUCAGUCGCUAUGAAGUUGACAUGGAGAUCAAAGAAGAGACGGCUGACAUGGAGAUAGCUCUCUUCGAGUCAACUUGGAGCCGAUCUUUUGGGUUCCCAAAGGUUUUGCGACUGGAUGCCUCUGGUCCUCAUCAAGGGCAACAAUUUGCCGAUUGGGCAUCUGCCCAUGGAAUGUACAUGGACCUGAUCCCACGAGGUGCUCAUCACAGGCUUGGAAUCCUUGAACGGAAUCAUGCAGUCCGACGACGCAUGCUGGAGAUCUUCCACAAAGACAUGCCCGAGCUGGACUUUGAACAAGCCAUCUUGGUGACCUGCCAUCAGAGAAACCGUUUGUCUUCGGUGAAAGGUGCUACGCCUGCCACUUUGGCAUUUGGCUACGUUCCCUCCGAAGGAGGCAACGCUGAUGACCCUGGACCCGAACAAUUUGGUGACUCUGCUGACUUGGCGCAGGUCAUGGAGGUCAAACAGAAGGCUGCACAGGCCUUCCACUCUGCCAACUUUGACUUGGCGGUUCGAUCAGCCGCCUUGGCUCGAUCACGAGUGGAUGAGGACGAGCUCAUGGUGGGAGACUAUGUCUACUACUGGAAGCCACAAACCCACAAGCUCGACCCUUUCCGGUGGCGUGGACCCGCGAUGGUGGUGUCCGUGGAAGCCUCAAUUGACCGAAAGACCAUGAUCUACUGGAUCGUCCAUGGAAGCUCACUGGUGCGAGCAACACGACAGCAGCUACGCUUUGAGACUGUCCCUGAGCGCUACGAGCGUCAGAGCAAGCCUGCCUACCUUGAGAGCGUGCAGAAACCUUUGCAACAACGACUUUUGGAAGCUCUCAAGCCAGUGCGUGGUCCAGUGAGGGCCAUUGACAUUGCUGGCAAGGCUCAAUCUCCUGACGAUUUUCCUCAGCUUGGGGGGACUGGAGCAGCCGCUGUCGCACCUGGUGAUGCCCCUCCACAUGAACCACCUGAACCUCCUGACCCACCGAAAACUGAUGACAAAUCCAAAUCGAAAACUGCAACUGCAGAACUUGACACUCCCGGCAAACCUGCCGACAAGUCCAAAGCUCGGCCGAAGGCCAAGCUGCCUGAACCCCGAAUCGACUUUUGGGUCGACUACCCCGACAGUGAGAAAACCGAAUCUGAAUCCAAGACCACUGACAAGACUCUCUUGGAUGAGAUGGUGGCCAACAAGGACAAGAACCUGGAUGACCACACUCAAGGCAUGACCGACAUCCAGAAGGAGAUGAAACGGAAGCUGGAAGAAGAACAUCCGGGCAUCAUGGACUCCUCGCAUGGGGUGAUCGACAGGCAAGAUGAUGAACCACCUGUGAACCCUGAUGAUGUGAGCGUUCGAGCCCGUGACAGACGUUUCUAUGAACAAGCAGUACGUGCUGCCAGUUUCCUCUCCCACGAGAACAAUCGACGACUGGAUGGACUGCCUCCUUCCGGACGACAACUGCCUGCAAAUGCUGCCGCACAAGCAUCACGACCUGCUGCAAAUCUGGUGCCUCCCCGAGCUGACGAUGGUCAACCGAAAACCAAGCAACCUCGCACUGAGGAAGUGCGCAUGGUGGAGGUCCCUGAGGACGAGGUCAUGAUGGCGGUCGUGGAGAGUCGGUUGUCUGCCGAUGAGAAAAGAGCCUUCACAGAGGCAAAGCGCAAGGCCCUGGUCCCAUGGCACGAGAACGAUGCUUGGAGGCCCUUCAAGAGGACAGCCUGCCCUCCUGGAACCAUCGUGCCGAUGAGGUUUCUCUUGCGCUACAAAGAGAACAAGCCACAUGCUCGAGUCAUUCUCCAAGGCUUCAAGCACAAGGAUGUCAUCGAAAGCAAGCUUGUCUUGGUGGAGGCCAGCGACCUCAAUGCGGUGCAGUUCUGUCGCAAGGAACUGAAAAACCAGGAGGUGGCAGAUGAUGAGAUGCAGGCUGCACUGACGAAGGUGGGUUUCCCCCAGGCAAUGCAGUCUAAGUCUGUCAACGAGCUCUCGGGCGGUUGGCGCAUGAAGCUGCUCUUGGCUUCUGCCAUGAUGCGAGAUUGCGACAUUUUGCUGUUGGAUGAGCCCACCAAUCACCUGGACAAAGAAUCCGUGGAAUGGCUCUCCGAAUAUCUGCGGUCGAUGACCAGGACCACUUUGAUGGUCAUUUCUCACGACCCCACUUUCCUGAACAAGGUUUGCACUGACAUCAUUCAGUACAGCUCCAAGCGCACGCUGGACUACUUCGAGGGCAACUUCGAGGCCUUUCGAAAGGCGCGGCGCAUCACCUCCGACGAGGAGGCCGAGGCCAUCCUCCUGGGACGCCACAACUUCGACAACGACGUGGACCCCGAGGCCGAUCGAAGCCGAAAAAACGAGGAUACCAGCCACAAGGCCAGCGGUGGCGUCAGUGCGGCGGUCUUUGAUAAAUCUUCAAAGAUCAGCUUUCCAAUUCCAGGGACGCUGAAGGGCCACUCUGCCGCGAAGCCGGUGAUGGAGCUGAAGAAUGUGUUCUUCUCCUAUGACGAUGAUGGACCCAUGAUCCUCAAAGACAUCAGCUGCAAGAUCGGCCUCGCCAGCCGGGUGGGCAUCGUUGGCGCCAACGGUGCAGGCAAGAGUACCUUGCUGAACGUGCUCUGCGGCGAGCUGGUGCCGGUGCCUGGACCUUCCGGGGAAGCUCCUGGCGAGGUCUACAAGCACCGGAACUUGCGGCUGGCCUACAUUGCCCAGCAGCACAUGUUCCAUCUGGCAGAGUUCAUGAAUAGCACGCCUUACGUCUACAUUCAGAAACGCUACCAGAAUGGAUACGAUGAGGCAGGUGUUGUCACAGCGUGCAGAGCCAUUGCCCCAAGUCGCGACCCUGCGCAGGCUCUGCAACGUCGCCUGAUGGAACCUCCCAAUGAGGAGGUAGCCAAAAGGCGGAGCGACCUGGCACGGAAGCACGGGAAGUACGGCUUCGAGGCGCUCAUUUUCGGCUCCAGCGUAGGUAUGAUUUUCAUGAUAUUGCUGGCGAUGCCAAUGCUGACAUUGUGGCAGGUGGGAAGCAUCCAAAGCCGUGUGGUGCGAGGAAAUGAGGUUCUCUACGAAGUGCAAUGGAAAGGUUGCGAUGACCCCAAGCAGAACACCUUCGAGAAUCUGGCAAAGCUCAAGAAACUGGACAUGGUUGGCCUGGCGAAGGCAAAAGGGCGGCCGCUGACGCAGAAGGAGAUUGUGAAGCAUCUGGAGCAGUUUGGUCCCUUCUCACCUUGGGUGCGGCCUUUUGGACGUCGUUUGGCUGAAUUGGAUGCCGUCAGAAGUGAUGCAGCUGCACCUACGAACUACAUCGAUAUGGAGACGUUGGACGCCUUGGUCCAAGGUUUGGCCCGAUUCAAAGGUGGCAUCAUCGCAGCCUGGCAGAGCUUGGGGGACGGACUUGGGCGAGUUCGUGAACCAAGUCUGCAACGAGAUUUGGAAGGUGGAAGGUGGCGUCCUGGCAGAGAGGACCAAGCGGAACAUCACCAAGUGAGGCCGAUGCGGCCGAUGCAACGCAGUGCGAAACGCCUGCGGGCUUCAGAUGUGUCGGAAAUUUUGCAGAGGCGACCUCCAGCAGACUUCAACCAAGGCAAGGCACAGGAGCGCUACAAAGAUGUUUGCAGAGAGGAGCAGAUCCUUCAGGUGCUUGAACACCCAGCACCUUUGGGCUAUGAGCGCAUGGUGGUGGGUAUCUACCAGAUGCCAGCACCCAUGAAGGACCGCGAAUUCCUCUGGAGGGAAUGGGCUGCGUUGCUGCCUACAGAGGACGGCGGCCAGCUCUACGUCUCUGUGGCGAUGACGCCGAGCCCAGAGGAGUCUGCCGCCAUCUUACAGCCCAACGACAAGUUUGUGCGCGGCCAUUUGCACUUGGCUGCGACGAUGGCACGUCAAGACCCUGACUCUUACGAGGUCAGUGCCUGCAGCGUCAUCAUGGGUGACGUCAAGGGAAGCAUGCCCAAAGCUGUUCAGAAUAUGGUGGCGGGCAAUGCCUCCAGCUAUUUGAUCAACUUCAGGGAUGCACAUUCACGUUGA